AUGUCCUACUUCAACAUCGUCACUACACCUGGCACCAUGGCCGACCAUGCCUUGCUUGGCGUGCCUGGCCAACGUCCUUCUGUCUUUCGCAACCUGACCAGCAAGACUCUGGCCGGCGAAGACGACAAGUUCUUUGAUGAGCACGAUAACGAGGCCCCUGCUGGCGCCGAGACGGUCGCGUUUGCCUUUGAUAUUGAUGGUGUCCUGCUUCGCGGCAAGGAACCUAUUCCUGGUGCACGCGAGACCAUUCAGCUCUUGCAAAAGAAGAACAUCCCUUUCAUUUUCCUUACCAAUGGAGGCGGAAAGACUGAGGAGAAGCAUGUCGAGCAGUUGGGCCAGCGUUUGAACGUCGAGCUUACUGCGGCCAAUUUUGUUCAGUCGCACACCCCAUUCUACGACCUUGUUCCCAAGUACAAAGACGAGACGAUUCUCGUUCUUGGAGGUCAUGGCGACCAGAUUCGCGACCUUGCCCACGCCUAUGGAUUCUCAAAGGUCAUCACCUCAUCCGACCUGGUCGCUGAGUGGCCACACAUUCAUCCAUUCCCUGAGAUGACACAGGAGCACCACUCUUCCCACGGCAGACGUACUGGCACCACUCCCAAGGUUGCCGCCAUUCUCGUCUGGUCGUCUCCUCGUGAUUGGUGCCUCGAUCUACAGAUCGUUACCGACCUCCUCCUGGGCAGCCACGGCAAUCCUGGCAAGAAGUCAGCCUUCAACAACCUGGAUCACCUGCCCAACUAUGGCUUCCUGAACGAGAACCAGCCUCACCUCUUCUUUUGCAACCCCGACUUUGAGUGGAAGACACAGCACGAGCAUCCCCGUUUCGCCCAGGGCGCCUUUCGCGCUGCCCUCAAGGGCAUCUGGGCCAGCGCUACCCAAGGCCGUGCCGAGCUCAAGUACACGGUCAUUGGCAAGCCGACCAAGGCCACCUACACCUAUGGUGAAAAGGUCCUCACCACCUACAACGACACCCUCAACGCCGAGCUCGGACGUGAGCGCAAGAUCACCAAAGUCUACAUGAUUGGCGACAAUCCCGAGAGCGACAUCCGCGGCGCCAAUGAGUUUGACUCCCACAUGGGAGCCGAGUGGCGCAGCGUCCUCGUCGAGACGGGCGUCCACGAGGCCGGCACCAAACCCACCUACGAGCCGACCUUUUAUGCACGCGACGUAAAGAGCGCUGUCAUGAAGGUUCUGGCUGAGGAGAACCCGGAUGCUCUCGACGAUCUCGACUUCCAGCUGGCCUGUCUGGGCUUCACUAAGGGUGAAGAGGACGGGACUGACAGCAAUUAA